GCGAUAACAAACGGCGCGGCGGGGCGGAGCGCCUGGGCCUUGCGGACGGUAGCCGCCGGCCAGUCCCCCGGGUGUCCGCGGCAACUGCGCCAUGGCUCCGUGGUCCGCUGCUCAGUUCCUGGAGGAAGCGACUGUAGAUGUCCUCCGCCUCCUGUCGCAGUGCCAUUGCGUGCCCAUGUGUGCGUUCGGGCUGAGUUUCCUCUUCCUGAUGUUCUGCAAGACGAGGAAGCACCCCGGGACCACCCUCCCGGAGGUGGACGUCGCGUCGGCGCCUUCCGUCCGGGACGCGGAGGGAGAGGAGAAGCUGUGCCGCGCCUCCUCGACCCACGCCAGCAUCCUCGUCGAGAGAGUGUCGAGGAGGCGAGGCAGCGCCCCCGACGGGCCGCGUGGCGACGAGCGCCUCGUGCACACGACGUCCCAGAGCUUCGACCUGGCGCGCGGCGUGGGCGAGAUCCUCGUCAGGAUCAGCCCCGGUCGGAGGGGCGACCAGUCGCCGGGCGCCGGAGACCCCGGCGAGGUGACCGAGAUAAGCAUCGUCGUGGGGAGCGGGGCGCCCCCGGAGGCCUGGCCGCAGGAGCGCCCGGGCCUCGACGCGGCGGCGACCCUGGGCGCCCCUCGCGAGAGCAGCUUCUCGGACUCCUGCAGCGGCGUCAGCUUCGUCACGACGCGCGGCGACCUCGAAGACUCGGGCACAUGCAGCUGCGAGAGUUCCGGUCGCAGAGGACACGAGGAGCCGGUGGGCAGCGGCAUCAGCGAGCAGUUCCUGGACAUCCCGCUGCGCGGUCGGUGCAGCCUGUCGCCCGAGGGACAUCUCACCGACCCCUCGGUCCUCCUGGGGCUCGCCAGGAUCGAGCUGGGGCUCGCGCAGAGCGCCGGCCGCGACCUGCGCCGCGACCUGCUCCGGCUGGAGGAGCGGCUUGAGGCCCAGGACUCUGAGCUGCUGGAUAGCGAGAUGGAGAAGCUGGCACUGAGGGAGCAGCUGAGCGAUGCCGAGUACGAGCUGUCCUCCAGCCGGGCUGAGGCGGAAAAACUACGAUGGGAGCUGGCCUCCAGCCGGGCUGAGUCGGAAGAGCUACGGCGGGAGCUGGUCUCCAGCCGGACUGAGGCGGAAAAACUACGACGGGAGCUGGCCUCCAGCCGGGCUGAGGCGGACAAACUACGACAGGAGCUGGCCUCCAGCCGGGAUGAGUCGGAAGAACUAUGGCAGGAUCUGGCCUCCAGCCGGGCUGAGGCGGAUGAGCUACGGCGGGAAGUGGCCUCCAACCAGGCUGAGUCGGAUGAGCUACGGCGGGAAGUGGCCUCCAACCAGGCUGAGUCGGAUGAGCUACGGCUGGAGCUGGCCUCCAGCCGGACUGAGGCGGACGAGCUGCGACGGGAGCUGGCCUCCAACCGGGAGGCGCUGGAGUAAUGCCAGUCGUCGCUACCAGCCACGUCGACCGACCUGGAGAUGCGGGACGAGUACCGAGUCCUAUAAAACAUUCAAGGACCAUUUCAUCCUUUUGACCCUCGAUCGGUGCUGAUAAAUCUCAUAUUGACAUCAUUUUUAAAAAGCUUCACAUAUAUUCAAGAGUUUUAAAUGCUUAAACAUAUAAUUAUGUUUGCUACUUUUUUUAUAUUACUUUACAUAUUUCUAUGUUUUUAUACUAAAAAAAAUUUACACAACAUAUAACAACAUUUUUGUUUAAAAUAAAACAAAUCCUAAAAAUUUAGAUCAUUAUUUAAAAGGGAGUUGAGUUGAAUUUUUUUUAUAUAUUGUGUCUCAGGUUGCAAACCCGUUUUUUUUUUUUUUUAAAGGUUAACAAUUAUUACCAGAAGUAACUUUUGACAAUGUAGUUACAAAUUUGUCUCUUACAGAAACUAACCCAUCAUUUAUGUAUUAGCCCAAUGAGGUGGCUGAUGAUAAACACAUAAAACAAGAAAGCUUGGAAUUAAAUUAUAUAUGCAAUAGCAUGUCAAUAUAUAAAAUAAAUUAUGUAUAUUAUAUAUAGUUAUUGAAUAAUAGAAUAAUAAAUAGCUGUAAAUUAAAAGGUAUCAAAAUAUAAAUAAAUCCGUAAGGAAUACAUUUCCCUUAAUUUUCCAUUCUUGAAAAUAUUCCCUAUUGGAAACUGCAGAAUAAAGAACAAUAAAAUAGUUUAUAUAAUAACAUCUGCUGCAGAAGAGUGCAUUAAAAUUAUAAUGAAUAAUAUAGUUGUUUUUAAGUUGGGUGUGACUGGCUGGACACAAAGCAUUGCCAUUCAUUGUUCACACAUGUAUCUUGGUGAUAGUGCGCUUUCUUAUAUUCCAAUGUAAUAAAAUGCAAAGAAAAAAAGUUUUAAAUAA